AUGUUGGCGAUUCGCGCUGUUGUUCUUCUCUGGGGCGUUAUUGCCGCUGUUAGUGGAGAUGUCGGCGGCGUACAUGGCAACCGGAGCUCCGGGCAGCCCCCGGGCCGGCUGCCGCCUCUUCUGCGGCACGCAGGGCAGCCUGAUCCCCGAGCAAACCCCAGGACAGGCCCGGUACCCACCACAGGCCUCAGGACUGGCCCAAGGAAAGGACCCAGAGCAGACCCCAGCUUCAUGGCACAGCUCUUCCACCAUCUAGCCGGAGCGGACGGGGCCAGGAAAGUCGGACCGGCUCCGUACGGCGCUACAACCAUCCGCUUCUACCGCAGCCAAGAAACUGACGUCCCGUUCCACCUGCGCCACGAGAGCGGCGGUCUGGCCGUGUCCUUCAACGUCUCCAGUCUUCAAGACGCCGCCGUGGUGACGUCAGCCCAGCUGCGCGUCUUCAGACGGGCCCGGACGCCUUCCUCCUGCCGGCUGUACGUCUUCCGGGCGUCUCCGGACGGCUCGAGACGGCUGGUCAGCAGGAGGCGGCUUCCCGCCGGUUCCGCCGGCUGGGAGGAAUUCGACGUCACCCAGAGUUUCAGUCGGCACGCCCUGCAGCGGGACGAUACAGUACUGCAGCUGGUGCUAAAGUUUAAGUGCAGACACGAGGCCAGCGGAAACAGGACCGGGCCCAGGAACGCCACCCUCCCGUCCCUAGUCGGGCCGCGGAACGACACGCACCACCCGUCCCUGGUGCUGUACCUCCGGGAGAGCGAGGAGACCCGCGCCGGUAACGCGCGUCCCCGGCGGCCCUGCAGACGGCACGAGCUGUACGUGGACUUUACGGAGCUUGGGUGGGACUGGAUCAUCGCCCCGGCGGGGUACCGCGCGUUCUACUGCCGCGGGGGGUGCCCGGCCAUCAUGGGGCAGCACCUCCGCCCCACCAACCACGCCGUGGUGCAGAACAUCCUGGGCACGGUCCGAGCCCGCCUGCCGCCCGCCCGCUGCGUACCCGACUCGCUCCGCCCCAUCUCCGUGCUGCACUACGAGGAAAACGGCUCCAUCGUCUACAAGGAGUACCCGGAUAUGGUCGCCGGGUCAUGCGCCUGUAGGUAG